ACACUUCACGUUUAGUCGACAAAAAAACUUUUAGAACAAAAGUUCAGAUUAUAUUUUUAACUAGAGAGCGAGAAAAUCCGGAAACAUGCCGCGCUAUAAGCCCACUCUAAAGACCGAUGUCAUCGGCAAUCUGGAUUUAAAUCCCGAGGAGGCGGUGGGCGAGUAUCUGCUCUCUCGCCAACAGGAGCGAUACUUCGUGAAACCACCCAACUGGGACUCGGCGGGCGACUCCAUUGAGAUGCUCUACAUAGCCAACGCUCGCGAGCAUGAUGCUAUGCUGGUGCUGCAGCGUCAGCUGCUGGAGGAUGCCCAGCGCCAGACUGAGCUGAACCACCAGCGCAUAGCACAAAUGUACAGGAUGCAGGAGCGCUUGCGAAAGCGUUUCAUUGAGGUGAAUGGAUUUAUUAAGGACUGCGCGGACAAGAAGCGUACUGCCGAGAAGAUCAUCCGCCAGGAGGAGGCACUGCAUGACGAGCUCAGCAAGUGCAUUGAUGAGUUCUCGAAGUCGAUCAGCGAACUGAAUAACUUUCGACAUGCUCUCAAAGAAACUGUUCGCCAGUUUCAGCCGUACGAGCGAGUCUUAGAUGAUGUGGUGGCGAAAUCGGACAUUUUUGUUUCGCCCAGGGACUGCAUAGAUCGUUGUGAUGCAUUAAUGCUUGCCCAGGUUGAAAUAAAUGAUCUUGAAAACAAAAAACUGCUGGAGAUCGAGGAAAUGCGCCAGCGCAUGGUCAAGAUCACCAGUGAGGCAGCUCUGACUGUGCUGGGUCUAAAGAACGAUCUGGCCAAGCUGGAACGAUCGUACAAUCAAGCGCGCGCCCUGGGGCUCAAGUGGGAGAAAACCGUAAGCCUUUGCAAGGACACUAUUAGCAACAACGAUUUAGACAAGGAUCGUGCACUGGAUGGCAUUCAAAUAAUUUAUCGCAUGUUGUGCAAGCGCCGCGAUAUCGACGCCCCUUAUCAUCGGCGCGAUGUAGAGAAGUCCGUUGAUUUUAUCAAGCGCGAAGUAGAGCUUCUGACACUCGUCUUGCGUGAACUUGACAAAGGCACCAACAAAGGCAGCAAGUCCGUCCAUCAGGAAGGCGCUCUCUGCGGAUAAUAAGUUGAAAACUUAAAGAUUAUUGAUUAUUGCGCGACUCUGUUAUGUGAAUAAAGAUUAAAGCUUUGUGAAGUUUC